AUCUUUAGGAUGCAUUUAAAAGAAGUCCCAUAGUUAUUGGAAACGGAAUUUCAAGCACAGUGAGUUGCAAGACACAUAAGUGGCUCAGGGGUUAAAAUGUCAUAUUUUCUGUAACAUGAUAUUGGCCAGCAGGAGGAGUUAGUGAGAAAGAUUAAAGUUGCGGAAAAAAGUCAGGAACCUUACACACACAGAUACACACUUACUAUACACACACACACACUCACCCUCCCACCUCCAGUCCUCCCUUCAAGAGAAACUCUUUUCCUCCUUCCAGCAAGGUUCUGGGUGGCUGAGAGAAGGAGGAAGAUUAAACAUUAGACUACUGCUAAAAAUAAUUAAUCCUACAGCAAGGGAGGCUGACAAUCCUAAGGAGGAAUAUUCCUAAUGUCUUUGGCAUGCCAAUAAAACCAAAUUACCCAGAAGAAGAAAUUAAGAGGGAUUUAUAAUGAGCUUAUUACAGGAUCUUUUCUAUUGAUGGCUGAACUUAAUAUUUGGGGCAUUUCUGCAGAGCUUCAAUUUCAUGUGAAGGAUAGAUCAGCUUAAGAGGGAGAAGUGAGUGUUGCUUAAUGUGUUAGACACAUGACAUGCCUCCAGAGACACGUAUGCUAAUCAGCUGCACUUAUAUAAUGAAGCUGCGAUAACUUCUGACAGCUCUUGGAUGGAAACAGCAGACCGGAGAGAAAAAAUUCACUGGAUUUACUAGGAGUUACAAGAAGACUAAACAAGGAUUUAAUAUAUACCACGAAACAGAAUUGCUGAUCGGAUUUUAAGAAAAAAAAAAAUAUCCUUGAGAUUAUUCGGCUUUUAUAGAGUCUCGCAUCAAAGGCAACGUUAGAGAUGAUGGGCAGUAAGUGGCUGUCAUAAUGAGAAGUUUCUCCUUCAAGAUUUUAUAACCUCUGUAGAGGUGCCCAAGCAACCUUUGCAACUGCUCACUUGACUGUCCCAAUGGAAGAUACAGACCUAUCCAAAGUCACUCCAUCUUUAUGGCUUGGUGUUUACAAUGUUGGAUCUGAUAUAAGUACAGGAGACCCCAAUAUUCAAUAGCAGUCUGGAGGGUCCAGCCUAAAGAGUCUCAAUGCCUUGAUUGUUCUUAAGAUGAAGGUAUGGAAGAGGACAGCUCCUGCUUUGAUGCUCCUCUGUGCUGUGUUGUCUCUACUGGUCUGCACAGAAGUCUUCUUCCGGAGCUGGAAAUUCAGUUCAGCCUCAUCUCGGUCUGUAACAGGUUUGUCACCAAAAAGACAACGGAGAUUCCCAAGAGCUACAGAACGCAAGCCACCAAUGAUUACCCAAUACACUGCUCUUUUCGAAAGCUACACUCAAGGGGAGAUACGAGAGCUUGUAUCUACUCUGGUAGAAAGGUACAGCCAGUCCUUGCAUUCUGGAGACGACCCAAAAAAUGUACCAAGGAUGAAGAGAGCACGUGUGCGAAAACAGCCAUGCAUCAUCAAGGAGCUGGAAGUCAGAGUCAGCGAGUUGGGACUGGGAUAUGUAUCAGACGAGACAGUCCUAUUUCGCUAUUGCAGUGGUACAUGCGAAGCUGCUGUGCGCAACUACGACCUCUCUUUACAGAGCAUUCGAGGAAAAAAGAAAAUAAAAAAAGAGAAAGUAAGAGCAAGACCUUGCUGCAGGCCUCUAGCAUACGAUGAGGAUAUUUCUUUUCUGGACUCCAAAAACCAUUACCAUACUAUCAAAGAAGUUUCAGCUAAAGACUGUGGCUGCGUCUGACAAAUACUGAUAAACAAAAGAAAAAUAAUGCGUAUGUCCUAUCUCUGCUGUUUUUGUCACCUGGAAACAGGAGAUCGCAAGAUUUAUCAUUUCUACCUCACUUAAUUAUAUAGAAUGAAGACCUGAUUUUGUAAUCCAAGCAAAUGGUUUUCAAAAAAUCAAAACAGCUUGAUGGAUUUGGAGAGUUGAAAGUCCUCUGCAACAUAUGCAGAGUUUGGUUACCUUGGCCCUUCUAUUUUGUGACAUUUCUGUGCAGUAAACACAGAGAAAUUAAAAGGGAAUAAAGUUUUGAGCUGCAUGUGGAAUCUCCUUCCUUGUUACUAUGAUAAAUGAAAUACCAGUUUGCUUUAAAGGCUGUCUAGCCAGUUCAUCUUCCAAUAGCCACUUUCAAAGUUUCAGGGCUUUAUUUAACCAACAGAAUACACAAUUUGCAACUUUGCAAACAGAGUGGGGACCGUUGUAUAACAUAUUAAGCAGUUAUUGUUAUCUGUGCCAAAAAUCCUAGCUUUUUUCACUUUAAAAGUUUGUGACUUGUUGCUAGUGUGCAUUUUACUAUGCAGUUACAACAGCCUAAUCAAUAUACAGACGACAGGUUAUCAACAAUAUUUUAUUAUAUAUGUGCACGUUUUUCCUGUAAAUGUCGUUGAAUGCCUAUUAGUAUGGGGUGAAUUUUUUCCCAUAAGGGUAUUAUUUAUAAGUGUUAUGAAGACCUUUCACAGCAGGCCAGGGUUGGUUAUAACAGAGAUAUGACCUACUCUAUUAUCGUCGCAUAGUCAUGAUGAAAGUUGAUUUCUACAUGCUAGAGAUAUGUAUAAAUACAAAUGAUGAGCUAUUCUAGUACAAAGAUGUUGCAAUUUACCCAGAAUCCAUUAGAUGUGGCUUAACAGAAAAGUUAGGAACAAUCAUUUUGUCCCAUAGAUGCUUAAACUCUCUUUUAAAGUCCACCCAAAACAAAUGGUUCCAUAUUUGCUGGAAAAAGUGCAGAAUGUAGUCCUCUGCUGUAAUUGUAACUCACAUGCUUGCAUAUUUAUAGGUUUGUGACCCUAUAUAUGUUUGUAACAUCAGCAGUGAGAUCCAUUAGCUCUGUCAUCUGUCACAUCCUUGGCAGACUUUGCUUAGCAGUAGCAUCAUUGUGCCCUGCUUGCCCUAGUAGAAAAUACAGUAGGGGGCCAGGUGAAAACACUGGCAAAAGCUGCAUUUAUUAUUUCCUGGACACCUUAUUUAUUCUAGAUAAAAUGUUGUUUUCUCAAAUAGAAAGUCGAGUCUUUAGGAUUAUGUGCAGUAUUACAAUUUACAGUUACAGCUAGCUGCAUCUAUAUUUAUAGCUAUAAUUAAUCCUCUUACCAUAUAAUGGCUAAUAUUUUCUAAAUCAAUAAAGCCUUUGUUUAAAUGGCAACGACACUUUCCCAUUGAUAAAGCUGCAGACAUACAUAUAUGGAAUAUAAUACAAACAGCUUAAAAGAAAUUAUUUCGAUAUCUGCAUCUACUUUCUAGUGUAUAAGAAUUACAGUACAACAAUAAAUGUGUUGUUGAGUACAACUCUUUUUUUAAACAUUAGAAAAAAUAUGUUUAAAUUUAACCAAUUAUAGGUAUUCAUCCUAGCAUGCUUGCACUGGUUUUAUGCUCUUUGGAAAACUAAAGUUCAAAAGUGAUUGUAUACCAAUAGCCACAAGUUAAAUUAUAUGAAUAUUCAAAACCUAUUUUUAGUUUUGGAUAGAGUAUGGCUAAACUCCUGCCAGUGAAGACUAAAGCCUGGUACACAUGUACCGAAAGUCAGCCAGUACAGCAGGAACCAUUUGACUUUCAGUACAUGUGUACCCAUAUCUGUUCAACAGAAGCCGGUCUAACACCUGGCUUCUUCGAACAGUCUUGCUGGAAAACCAUCAAUUCAAUCAGCACUUGCAGCCAAUGGGAAGUCCCCCUGUCAGAAUACAAUAGCACAAUGGGAUAGAUCUAGAUUUUUACUAUUCAAACUGCUGGUCGAGCAAAAAAAAAAAAACUGAACAUGUAUACCCAGCUUUAGACAGUUGUCCAAAAACAUGUGUUCCCGUUGGAAGAUUUUACCUUAACUAUUGUUCUGGGGACAACCCAAAAUUUUAGAGUUGUCAGAACAUGCUUUCCCAUUGGAAGAUUUCCCUUUACUUAUUGUUCAGGGGGACAACUCUAAAAUGUUGGAUUGCUCAUCACAUUCUAUUUCAGUGACAAUGGUCACCACAACAAAUAGAGGGGCGAAUCUGCCCAAUUGGGACACACAUAGAAAAAACGAAUUGACAGAGGGUCAAAACUGUAGUUUUGUCUAGAGAUACAUUUAUAAGUGAUUAACUUUUAAGCAAUAAUGUUUUAUUAAGUGAAAAGUAUGCAUAGUAACUGAGCUUAUACACAGAAGCCAUGUAUGCUAGCACUUUCCCCAUCCAGGUCUAAACUGCUGAACCUGAUUAUAAGCCUUAUCCAUAGGAUUUAAAUGCAACUAAAAAUUGAACUUUAACGCACAUUUAUAAAGUUAAAUCACAAAAUAUAAGAUUAAGGAAAGGGAUGGUCGGCACUUAGGGUGACAUCCAAAAAAAUGUUUUUCUUUAUUUAUUAAACAUGUACAGUGCUGUAAAAACAGCAAAGUACUAACGUCUGAAAUGCGUAGGGUGUUUUUACAGCAAUGUACACGUUUACUUAAUAAAGAAAUACUAUUUUUUGGAUGUCUUCCUGGGUGCCAACCAUCCCUUUCCCUUUUCUGGUAAUUUGGACAUGUCAGCAGCCUCAAGGUUGUUACGUUAGAAGGUUGUAGCACCUAUACACCUGUUUUCCCACAAAUAUGAGAUACUAGAAAUUCAACAUGAAGUUUUAAAAACACAAAAACCAAAGUUAAACUGCAUGUAAGCAGAAAAAAACACUGAAAAAUAUAUUAAAAUAUAUUAAAAUAUAUUAAAAAAGAAAGAAUGUUCAUUUUGCCAGGAUAAAGUCUCUUUUGCUAUCUACAUUUUAGCCUUAAUAGCAUUUCUUGCUUUUUCACAUCUUUUUCUGCUUCUCUGCAGCCACAUAUGCUCAAUAGUACAGUCCAAUUCCUCUCUGUCCAUACGUUUGGCAAUACUUUGUUCAAUCCACCUUCUAAGACCCCAUACACACUGUUAGAUUGUCUGUAAAUUUUUGUCUUCAAAAUUACCAACACCAUGUUGUGCAAGGGCCUGCCUGAUUGCAUACAAAUUGAAACUUUUAAGGUUUGACCUCAUAUUAUAUGAUUUCGGUAAAUCUGAAGACAAAAGUCUGCAGAAAAUCUAAUAGUGUGUAUGGGGUCUUACACUUUCUGCUUAUAUUGUUGACCAUCUGAGAUCUCCUCUGUCCAUCUGUCUCUUUCAGUCCACAACACUUUUUAUCCACUUUGUUAAUCUCUGUUUAACUCAUUCUACACAUAUCUAAUGCCUCAUCUCUUCCACCUUCUGUGACUUUUGUGCCCACAACAUAUUGUCCACUUACCCACUAUCCUUCCAUUUCUUACAUAUGAUCAUUCUGCUUCAGUCCAAUAUUUUCCCUCUCUGACACUUUUGCACACUCUCACAUGCAGUUUAUGCAAUAUCAGAUCUUUUUAGACAGUCCAAUAACUAUAGCUGUAAUGUUCUGGAGGGGUCUCCUAUUGAAGAUCUAGUCAGCUUUCAACCGAUGUUGGGGAAUAGAUCUUGUGAAUACUCAUGUGCCCUUGCCUGUAUCCUCCACCAGCAGAAAUAGUUUGGUGCACCACUUAGAAUAGCUAGUCUAAACUUCAGAGGGAAAAAAAAGUAAAAGCUAAUAUUAAUGAUAAAAAAAGAUGAGGUGAUUGAUCCUGAUAGAUUUCAUAUUUUCAAAGAUACUGCGCUCCACUACAGGUAUUUGAGCCCGGUACUGGCUCACAAGUGGUUUGUUCUCCACCUUCACUUUAAUAGUGGAGACAAGAGAAACAGAUUCACCACAAAAUCAAAGCCAUUGUUAAGGAUUUAAUGAAGGAUUCACUGUAAGACAGACCACCCCUCAAAGGACAGAGUUUUAGAUGGUCUGUCUUGUGCGGGACCAUUUAAUAAAUCCUCAAUCAAUAGCCUAGUGCAAGACAGAUCAACUGAAAUGCCACUGUCUGAAAGAGAGAGGCGCAUUGGACCAUUUACUAAAUUCUUAUGGCUUUUAUUUUGAAGUCCACCUUCCUUUCUUUUUUUUAUGCUAAAUGAUCGUGAUAGUUGUUUGCUUAAUUACUGUGUGUAAAUAAAAAGAAUACAGUCAUACCCAUUUACUAAGGCAAUUGCAAUUUUAGUUUAAUGCAUUCAAAUUAAAAGAUGAUACUUUCCUUUUUAAAUCCUAACUGCUGUUUGCACUGCCUAAUAAAUAAAUUCUAAUAUUUGACCUACUGAUGAUUGGCUUCAUGUCACUUCUGAUUAAACCCCAAAAAACAAAGAAACAUACAAAAAAUCGAAUAACCUUCCAUAUUGGCCUUUCUUCUAAUGAUAUCAGAAAACGAAUGAGGAUUUUAGGUACUUUGUAGGAUUUGGCAGGGAUUUCUAGUUAAGCACUUGGUAGGCAAAACACAGUAAAAGCUCUUAUUGUUUCAACCUGUUUUGAUCUCUGAAUUCAUGUUCUCACUGGGGUUUACAUUUCUAUGCUCUGAAACAAGUUCUGUUUGAGCCUGCCCCUGAAGAUAGUGAGAUCAUGAUUCCACAGGUAAUGGUCACCCUCUAGUGGAUUUAAUUAUAAAAUGUUAUAAACAUGAUUUUUGCCUGUUUAAUGUCAAUUUACAAGUAGAAUAAUGCUUACUACUGAAUCGAAAAAAGGUAUAGAACAACUCCAGCUGACUAAGUAUCAGAAGUGGGUUCAAUUAUUACCAUAAUUUAUUUAUGCAAGGCAAAAUUCUUUGGUAGGAACAUUUUUAAAAGUUACUGUUAGAUGCAUAUAAAUAGGGGAGCAAAGCAUUUCAUUAUUUAAGUUCAAUCAUUAUUCUUUCAUUAUUUCAGUAUUUUAGGACCAUUAUUGUGUAUGGAGGAUAUUUCUCUUAGUCCACAUUUUAUAGUCUUCAUCCCAACCUUCCUGCAAAUGGUGCUGUAAAGUUUAAAUAAAGCCAAGCUAAAUGCAGAAUAAGACAUGUCAAAGUUCAGCUGUGCCAUGCUAUUCGACUGUGUGUGCGCUUUCUUCUGGGGUCAUUUCUCAUCCUCUUCUUUUCUAGUGAGGUCUGUAGGGUGUAGUCCAUGAUAAAGUAGACUAUAUUACCAAAAGUAUUGGGAUGACCGCCUUUACAUGCACAAGAACUUUAAUAGUAUCCUAGUCUUAGUCAGUAGGAUUCAAUAGUAAGUUGCAGCUAUAAUAGCUUCAACUCUUCUGGGAAGGCUGUCCACGAGGCUUAGGAGUGUGUCUAUGGGAAUGUUUGAC